UACGCCAAGCGUUUUACAGUUUUUCAUAUUUCAAAUACAGAAAGUGUAUUCUUACACUUGAUUGAAAAUUAUCUUCAUAUUUAAAGUCCAAAAUGCCAAAGAAUCUGUUUAACUAUUUCGUGAAAUCACCGUCUGCAAAACAAAAGAAACACGAAAAUGUGAAAACAGAUAAUUGUCCUUCGGUCAAACCGCUCCAUGAAAGCAAUAAAUCGGCAAGCCCGUCUACCACAAAUAAAAAAGCCAAAUCCAAACAGCAACAAUCAGAAUUUGAGGAAGGUGCUAUUGUAUGGGCGCAAGUAGAAGGCUAUCCAUGGUGGCCAGCUAUUGUUUGCAAACACCCAGCAUUGUUAUGUCAUACAAAGAAGAAACGUGACGUUGUUUCUGAAGUUCACGUUCAAUUUUACGAAGACGUUCCUUCUCGUGCGUGGGUGAAAGCUCAUCAAGCAAAGAAAUAUAAUGGUUCCACUACCCCGAUGUUUAGAAGUGGUGGUAUGUUUCAUUCUAAUGACCCUGGUGUGAUUAAAGCUGUCGCGAUUGCAGACAAAGCAUUGAAAGACACACGAGAAGAAAGAUUGAAAUGUGUUCUUGAUAUUCCUUCUGAUGAAGAUGAACAAAUGGAUGAUCAUGAAGCUGAUGAUGAAAAUACAGAAAAAGAUGCUGGAGGUUCUGAUGAUGCACGUCAUAAGAGUCGUGAUAAGAAGAGGAGAAGAAUAAUGGAGGAAUCGGAUUUUUCAGAUGAAGAUGGUGAUUUCAAACCUCCUCCGGAUGUUGAGGGGGAUGAGGAAGAUGACGAGAGCAGUGGAGUGGAUGAGAGUACGUUGUCAGAUCAAGAAGAAGAAGAACCGGUUGAAAUUGGAAAAAAGCGGAAACGAUCUCCUUUACCUGUGAAAACCCCAAGUACACCCCUGACCCCUCGUACCCCUAUGACCCCACGUAACCCCAUGACCCCACGAACCCCUGCGUCUGUGUCAAAGGAGACAAAAUCGAAAUUAUCGUUAUUUCAAGCAGACCCUGAUUCUUCAGUGAUGGAGGAAAAACAGAAAUACCUUCAUGAAACGCUCGACUUUCUGCAUCCAAGUAAGAUAAAGGACACACAAGGGAGAAAACCAGAUGAUCCACUUUAUGAUAAAUCUUCACUUAAAAUUCCGAAUGAUUUCAUGACCAAACUGACCCCUGCAAUGCACCAAUGGUGGAAAUUAAAAUCGACAAAUUUUAAUGUCGUACUUUUCUUCAAGGUUGGAAAAUUCUACGAGCUAUACCACAUGGAUGCAGUGGUCGGUGUGAAAGAACUCGGACUUACUUAUAUGAAAGGAAAUUUUGCUCAUUCCGGUUUCCCAGAAGUUGCGUUUGGUCGUUACGCCGACACACUUGUGCAGAAGGGAUACACGGUCGCUCGAGUGGAACAAACGGAAACCCCAGAACAAAACCAGCAAAGAAUCAGAGGAAAAUCGCUUCCGAAACACGAGAAAACUUUAAGAAGAGAAAUCUGUCGAGUAACGACUAAAGGCACCCAGGUGCACAACAUGUGGCAGGGGGGAAGUAAACACCACGAAAGUGACUUUCUCCUCUCCAUCUCCGAGCGUGUAGUGAAUCGUAACGAAAGUUCCGGCAGUGUUUGUCGAGAAUUUGGAGUUUGUUUUGUUGAUACGACUGUUGGAGUAUUUCACCUCGGCCAAUUCACUGACGACAGACAUUGUUCGAGACUUUGUACAAUGUUGGCCCACCAUUCCCCAUCACAGGUUUUGUUUGAGCGUGGCAAACUUUCAAACGAGUUGAACAAAAUAUUACGAACUGGUUUGUCGUCAAUUUUACAAAAUCCACUUGUACCUGGUAGUCAGUUUUGGGAUGCUCCAAAAACUUUAAAAACACUUUUGAAUGAAAAGUAUUUUGUGAAGGAAAAUGACAAUGUGUGGCCGCCCACAUUGAAAUGUAUGUUGUCAGACACUGAUGCUUUGGGUCUAAGUCCCAAACUUGGAUAUGAGUUGGCUCUCAGUGCAUUGGGCGCUUGUGUUUAUUAUCUAAAGAAAUGUCUCAUUGAUUAUGAGAUCUUAUCGAUGAGACAAUUCCAUAUUUAUAACGCAACAGUAGAGAAGACAGCUGACGUCAAAGUUAAGGACAACUUUGCAACUGGAAAUGAGAAAAUGAUAUUGGACAGCGUCACUUUGUCAAAUUUGGAAAUUAUUUAUAACAGCAAAGGCGAACGUGAAGGGACAUUGUUAGAGCGUUUGGAUAACUGCCGAACACCAUUUGGGAAACGAUUGUUAAAGCAAUGGUUGUGUCUUCCACCUUGCAACCCUGAUGUAAUUAACGACAGACUUGAUGCUGUUGAUGACAUUAUGAGCAACAAUGAUCUUCUUUCUCCAUUGUUUUCCUCCAUGAGGAAGAUGCCGGACUUGGAGAGGAUGCUUUCCAACAUCCACUCUUUAUCCAAAGGAGCAAGGAAAGAAGAUCAUCCAGAAAACAGGGCGAUAUUCUAUGAAGAGACAAAAUACAGUAAGAAGAAAAUUGAAGAUUUUAUUUCUGUGUUGGAUAAUUAUGAAGCUGCGUUUGUUUCUAUCAAGAAAAUGCAGGGGAGUGUUGCCAGCUUUAAAUCAUCUCUACUGAAAAGUGUUCUUGGUUUAACUAGUGGAAUAUCUGAGGGAAAGUUCCCAGAUCUCGGGUCAACACUGAAGCAAUGGAAGAAUGCGUUUAAUCAGAAGAAAGCAAAAGAAACAGGCAAAAUCACCCCAAAUGCUGGCACCAACCCAGAAUACGACGGAGCUAUGGAAGAUAUUAACCGCAUCAAUGAUGAUCUGGAGAGGUAUUUGAAUGAGCAGAAGAAGAAGUUAUCUUGCUCUAGGAUCAUUUAUAAAGGGACAGGGAACAAAAGAUACCAACUAGAACUUCCAGCUGAUGUUGCAUCCAGAAAACUUCCAAACGAUUACGUGAUCAGCGGGCAACGAAAAGGAUUUAAAAGUUUCCGAACUCCUAAAGUUGAUUGUUUGUUGAAAGAAAUGGAGGAUGCUGAAACAAGGAGAGAUACUGCUCAGGCAGACACAAUGUCCAUUGUAUUUCGAGAAUUUGACAAAGAUUUUGAAAUGUGGAACACAGCUGUGUCUUGCCUUGCGUUGCUGGAUGUUUUAUCGAGUUUUGCUGAGUAUAGCAAAGGUGACAAAGAUGAAAUGAGUCGUCCGAUAAUUCUUCCUCCAUCCUCCCAACAUCAACCCCUCCUUGAGAUCAGAUCCGCUCGUCACCCCUGCAUCACCAAGAUCAUCUUCAGUGAUGAUUUCAUCCCUAACGACACGAUCCUGGGAUGCGGGGAUGAGGGAGAGGAUCAUCCGAUGUGUCUCCUCCUCACUGGACCUAACAUGGGAGGAAAAUCAACUUUAAUGAGACAGGUUGGUUUGGUUGUUAUUCUCGCACAACUUGGAUGUUACGUUCCUGCUGAGUCAUGCAGGAUGACACCAUGUGAUCGGAUAUUUACACGACUCGGCGCUUCUGACAGAAUAAUGACUGGUGAAAGUACGUUCUAUGUUGAACUGAGUGAAACAUACAGUAUUCUUAAACAUGCAACGAAGAAUUCCCUUGUAUUAUUGGAUGAGCUGGGUCGAGGUACUGCCACUUAUGAUGGAACAUCCAUUGCUUACGCUGUGCUUGAUAACAUCGCUAACCAUGUUGGGUGUCGGACAAUAUUCUCUACUCACUAUCACACCCUAGUGGAAGAUUUAGCGCACAGUAAACAUGUGAAACUGGGGCACAUGUCAUGCAUGGUCGAACACGAUGACGUCGAUGGUGAUGUCGACAAAGAGACAUUGACAUUCUUGUACAAGUUGGCGGACGGGGCGUGCCCGAAAAGUUAUGGCUUCCAUGCUGCUUUACUCGCUGAUAUUCCAGAAUCUGUUGUCACAAUCGCGCGACGCAAAGCAAAAGAAAUGGAGGAAAAUAACAAAAACCUUUCUCUGUUCAGGAGUUUAUUUUCUCAAACCAACAUCAAUUCAAGUUUCAUUUCAUCCAAACAACAGGAAAUAAAAUGUUAAGCAUACAUAAGAUAGAUGGAUCAAUAAUCUACUGGUUCUUGGUUUUUUUCCACAGUUCUACCCAACUGCCAUUCUUUGUCAUUUAAUAAAGUAACAAGCUUUCCAAAUUAUUCUGAAAAAAGAACCGAAA